GAUGUUACUAACACAAUGUUUUGUUUUUCUGUAGGAAAUGCUAUCAGGCCCAUCGCGCUCCGUGCAGUGUCUGCUAUAGCCCGUGCUCUUCCAGGAUUUCCCAUCUUAGCAACUGGAGGCAUUGACUCUGCUGAAAGUGCGCUCCAGUUUCUGCACAGUGGAGCUUCAGUUUUACAGGUGUGCAGUGCAAUCCAGAACCAAGAUUUCACUGUUAUUGAUGACUACUGCUCUGGACUACGAGCUCUUCUUUACCUGAAUAGCAUUGAGGAACUUGGAGACUGGAAUGGACAGAGUCCUGCAACCAUGCGCCAUCAGAAAGGAAAACCAGUAUCCGGAAUUGCUGAUCUGAUAGGAAAGGUAUGUUGUUUCAUUGUUAUUCCUGUAUAACACUAUGUCUAUGCA